AUGGGCCCGGAGUAUCCUCGAGAGACUUAUUAUGGCGGGUUACUUCCCCCAUUGUUUAGUGGGGAUCUAGACUCCUUCCAGUUCGAGGGAAUGUUCGGCGGUAGUACGGACGCGGAACUGGAUAGCUUCUUUGCUGAGAUGUUUAGGAUACCGUCAUUUCCACGAGUUGGCUCCUUCGAUCCUACUGAUUUGGUACUGGGGGAGUCUCAGCCUGUCUACCAACAGCCGUAUCACUCCGAUGCCCAGAUCCUUGGAGCUUAUUACAAGCACAUACAUCCUGUAUUCCCAAUCCUGCCUCCACCGAUAGAGGAACCGAGAAUUGACUCUUCAGAAGAGGAUGUCAGCAGUAGUGGCUCGUUUCUCUCAGAAACUUCGUCACCUCUGAUCCUAGCUCUGUCUUCAGUUCUGUAUCUAACAGAUACAUUGCAACCACCAAGUGCUGUCAACGAUGGAAACUUCUUCCAAGUUUUAUACCAGCGAGCAACAGACUUAGUUGAACGAUUCUCCCUUUCUUCUCCCCUCUCUCAGGAUACAGUCCUACCAUCAGCAAUCCAUUCGCGUGUACCUCAGCAGUUAGAAGUACCACUGGCAUGCUGUGUCCUUAGCUUGUAUCAGUAUCUUCGCUGGGGCAACAUUGAAGAGAUGACGCGUUUGGCACAGAAAGCUCAUAGCAUGAUUAAGGCUAUGUCUUCGCCAGUAAACAAGAUCGACAUCCGUAACGUCAGUAUACUGCAUCCUACCAAUUUGGGUAACUCGGAGAUCUGGGCUCAAUAUAUCUCCGCCGAAGAGACUCUCGUUGCUGCCACUCUCCUUCUAGUAGCAUUGGUGAAAGGCAACGACGCCGAGUCCGAAGUGCCAGCUUUCAACCGAAACAUUCGCCUACUAGACAAAGUCAUCGCCCACCAGCUAGCUGCAAUACCCGACACCCCAUCAUCAAGUCAAGACGUGCCAUACCGCACAGAAGAAAGACUCGCCAUAUCCUUACGCGCCAUGGCAAGAAUACGACUACACAGGUAA